UCCUCCCCGUCACCAUUUCUUCCCACCCUGGCUCCCUCCCAACCCGUCGCCAUUCACAAGCGAGACGGACGGGACGACCAGGAAUUCUUCUUCCUCCCCCGUCGUCUUCUCACCUGCGUUCCCGGACAGAGCGAAGAAAAUUCGGGCGCACACAAACACGGCAUACUAUAGUGUAGCAAUAAUAAAAAGAAGCCGUCUUUGCUUCGCAGCUUCUUGGUUGGUGACACAGCAGAGCGCUGGAGGAGUGGGGGAGGAAAAAAAAAUAUCAGGCGAGCUCCGAACUUUGACCGCUGCUGCCGCCGCCGUGCUUGCUGCGUAGCCCCGCAGCCCCAGGCCUUCUCUCCGCCUCCGCUUUCCCCGUCGCCUCCCGGAUCGGAGCUCCCCUCCCCGGGUCACCGCCGGCCGCCUCCCCUCGGAUCAGCUCCACCUCCACAGGAUAGGCGAGCAAUGAGGUGCCUGCCUUUCUGGCAUGGAGAGGUCAAAGAGGAGGAUCCUGUCACCAUGUCCGCGUCUGUACGGUCCAUCAGCACAACAUCAACAGAGCGCGAUGUCCGCUCUGGUUCAGACUUCACCUCCUUGAAUGUAUCCGACAUGAGUGCCGAGUCAAUAAGGAGGACACAGUACCCCAGCUUCACCGACCGACCAUCUAACCUGAGGGUGUUCUCCUUCGCUGAAUUGAAGAGUGCCACACGCAACUUCAGCCGGUCACUCAUGGUUGGCGAGGGUGGCUUUGGCUGUGUGUACAGGGGCAUCAUCAAGACCUCUGACGAACCUAAUGAACGAAUUGAGAUCGCUGUUAAGCAGUUGAAUCGUAAAGGACUUCAGGGGCAGAAGGAGUGGUUAACAGAGAUGAAUGUGCUUGGAAUUGUUGACCAUCCAAACCUAGUUAAACUAAUAGGCUACUGUGCUGAAGAUGAUGAGCGGGGAGUACAACGGCUUCUAGUGUACGAAUAUAUGCUUAACGGAAGUGUGGAUGAUCACUUGUCGAGCAGGUCAACUUCGACUCUAUCAUGGCCAAUGAGACUAAAAGUAGCUCUUGAUUCUGCCCGGGGACUGAAGUAUCUGCAUGAAGAAAUGGAAUUCCAGGUUAUUUUCCGAGAUCUGAAAACAUCCAACAUCCUGUUGGAUGAGAACUGGAAUGCUAAAUUGUCAGACUUUGGUUUGGCUAGGCAUGGACCAACGGAAGGUCUGACCCAUGUCUCCACAGCGGUCGUUGGAACUCUAGGCUAUGCAGCACCUGAGUACAUGCAAACCGGGCGCCUUACUGCAAAGAGCGACAUAUGGAGCUACGGCGUUCUCCUGUACGAGCUCAUCACCGGGCGGCGGCCCAUCGACCGGAACCGGCCAAAGAGCGAGCAGAAGCUGCUGGAGUGGGUGAAGCCAUACGUCGGGGACAAGAAGCGGUUCCCUAUCAUCAUCGACCCGCGCCUGGAGGGGCACUACAACCUCAAGUCCAUGUUGAAGCUGUCCAGCGUGGCGAACCGCUGCCUUGUCCGGAUGCCAAAGAGCCGGCCGAAGAUGAGCGAGGUGUACGAGAUGGUCCAGAAGAUCGUCGACAGCGUCGAGACCGGGCCGCCGCAGCCGCCUCUGCACUACCACGGCUCGGUGUCCGAACCAGGCGCGAAGCGGACCAAGAAAGGGUCGCUGAAGAGGAGGCUCCAGGAGUUUAAGUUCGGGUGCCGGAACAUCGUGUGGCGGGGCUGGAAGCCUGAGAUCGUGAAGACCUUCUGAGACUCUCCUUGCUGUAAGUAUAGCUGUGCAUAGGGAUGAUAGGUGGUGGUUCCUCUGUGUGUUUGCCAUUCGGGCGAGUUGAAACCAACCAGGCGCACAAAUUUGCCGUGUAAUUCACCUGGUCCCGGGCAACACAACGCGUGAGCUGCAAGAUGGUGAUCGGUAGGCCCCCUUUGUGUUUUCAGUGCAAUUCCUGGUGUUUUCAGUCCAAUUACGAACUGCCUCGUGUCUGCAGUGCAAUUCCUGGCCUUCUUUUGUACUUUUCUGGUAUGAUGAAGUCAGGGUUCUGUUCUGGUACAGCACUAGUGUUGUUUCUGCCAAACUGAAGAGAAGAAAGUGCUAGUCCAGUUGUAUCUCUCUUGUAUAGAGAGGAAA